GUCGAGAGGUUAAAGUUACAUCGGUCGAAAUGUUCAAUUCCUGGAUCAGCGUAACGCUGACGCUCAGUCUAUCGCUAGUUGUGGCCGAUCCAUCGCAGCUGGACACAAAUGUGAAUGGGGCCAACAAUAUUGGACUGCUGCCAGGCAAGCCGCAGUAUUAUCUUAUGGCCGAUGCCGGUUCCGAUGUCGCACCCACGGAGGAACUGAAGCGCACAAAUCGCUCGUUGCUGAAAUGGUGGGACGAACUGUUCAGACAAAACAAUUGUUGCAACAACAACAACUACAAUGCUUAUCCUGGCGCACCUGCUGUACCGGCCGGUGGUUGCGUGGGUACUGGUGGUAGCAGAAAUUUGCUAGAGCUUGAUUCCCUGGAUCCCUUCAAGCAAUUGAAAAAGCUCAAGAAACUGCCCGAUCUCUUCGGUAGCGUCACAAAUUGUGCUCAGCAGCUAGUGCCGUACAACAACUAUGCACCACCCGCCGGUCCAGGCUAUGGAGGCGAGGGCUACGGCUAUGCACCACCGGCCCAGCCUGGAUAUGGCAACAACAAUUACAAUGCUGCGCCAGCGAGUGGCAAUUACAAUGCACCACCCAACGGCAACUAUAAUUCUGCACCGCAAAGUGGCAACUACAAUGCUGCACCACCCAACGGCAACUACAAUUCUGCACCACCCAAUGGCAAUUACAAUUCUGCCCCGCAAAGUGGCAACUACAAUGCUGCACCACCCAGCGGCAAUUAUAAUUCUCCACCCCCCAGCGGCAACUACAAUUCUCCACCGCCAAGUGAUAAUUACAAUUCUGCACCACCGCCCGCUGCCUAUGACGAUCCAAGUCCCGUUUACGAUGGACCAGGCGACGGAGAUGCCGCACCACCAUCCCCACCCCCUUCAGAGAGUUAUGUCGCACCCAAGCCGGCGAGCGAAUAUGAAGAGCCAGCAGCGCCCACCUAUGAACCAGCUGUGGUUCCAACACGUGGCGAUGAUUCAGCGCCACAACAACCGGCAGCACCACAACCACCGCAAAUUGUUUACCAGCCUAUUAUUUAUCUAACGGGAGCUGGAGGGGGGUUUCCCUAUAGCCAGCUGCCCAAGGCCAAGGCCGAGGAGCCAAGUGCAGUUGAGAGCCAAACAGUGGAACCACCGGUGGAGGUGGAACCGGUAACAGUGCCACCUAUUUAUACAGCGCCCACGCCGUCUUCAAUUGCUCCAGUGCCGCCAACACCUCCAGUUACGCUGCCAGCUGCUGCACCACCAGCAGCGCCUGUGGCACCACCAACGUGCAAUUCGCCCGCUUGUGGCAGCUAUUUUCCCAUAGUCGGCGUCCCAUUCUAUAACUAUAACUAUGCACCACCCGUCUAUGCAGCACCGCCUCAAACAACACGAAUAAUAUUGCAGCAAGCGCCGGCGCCACCACCAGCACCCAGCUAUGCACCACCAGCCCCCAGCUAUGCACCACCAAAUCCACCACCAGCACCACUGUAUGCACCACCAGCACCAAUAUACGAGUAUGCGCCGCCCUCUCCGCCCAGCUACUAUGGCUCAUCCUCAUGCCACUCGCCCAUACGGCUAUCCCUGAUCGAUCAGCCCUAUCGUGUGGCACCCGAACUAUUUGCCGAAUACAACUACCGCCUGAGAUUGGCCGAUCAGAACAUGUUUUAGCUAUAAUCUAUAACGCCAAAGACGUCUUGAUUGCCUUGUAAAUAAAACGAAACGUUGCUACUGAUGUCGUCUGAUA